AUGAGCAAAGAUCAACACCCUGCCAAGUCGUUCAAAUCAAACAGGAAAAAGGAAGAUGAAGAUCCGGGGAAACUUAUUAAGCCUCCAGAUCAAUUGGAACUCACGGAAGCUGAGCUGAAAGAGGAACUAAUAAGGACUCUGACAGCAAAAAAUCCACAUGCCCCGCAAAAUCUUGCCCACUACAAAUUUCAUGAGGCUGCUUACAAGCUGACCACGGCUGUAAAUCACUUGGCGGUUCACUUUGUCUUGGAGGGCUGUCUCGAACAUCAAGACAUUGAUGAAACUCGUGUGACAACCCCUGAGGAACUCACCGAAGACGCAACGGGAGAGGAAGGAGAAGAUUCUGCUGAUGAGGAAGGAUCUGGCGAUGGCGAUGCGGAUGGCGAUGGAGGCGAGGAAGAGGAGGCCGUAGAAGACGACAUACCAGCAGAGCCAAAAGUUACCAACCAGUUCAACUUUAUCGAAAGAGCCUCUCAAACCCUCAAUAAUCCACUGCAGGGUCGAAGUAUCCAAACUAUUCCUCCUCCACGCCGCAACUACAUUGCAAACGCUUGCCAGUGGGACAUAUAUGACGUUUACAUGGAAGAGCUGCAGAAAAGAGAAAACAAUAAGGACAAUGACAUCAACAAAAAGAUACUCAUUGAGACACCGAGUGAUGACAUCACCCAAGUAGCCAAAUCAGCCAUGCUAUUAGAGCGGAUGGUCAAUCAGAACACAUUUAAUGAAGUUGCACAAGAUUUCAAAUACUUUGAGGAUGCGGCUGAUGAAUUUAGGGAGCAGGAGGGUACUGUUCUCCCACUGUGGAAGUUCCAGUAUAACAAAGCCAGAAUGAUGUGCGUCACUGCCUUCUGCUGGAAUUUCGUGUAUCCAGAUUUUUUCGGUGUGGGACUGGGAUCAUAUGACUUCAGCAAACAAGGCCGCGGGAUGCUCCUCUUCUACACGUUGAAGAAUUCUACCUACCCCGAGUACAUCUUCCCGACAGGGUCUGGGGUCAUGACCCUCGAUAUCCAUAAGCAGCAUUCCUACCUUGUGGCAGUCGGUUUCCAUGAUGGAUGCGUGUGUGUGUACAACUUGAAAAACAAAGGACAGGACCCUCAGUACAAGAGCACCAUUAACAAUGGCAUGCACACUGACCCCGUGUGGCAGGUUCGCUGGCAGAAUGACAAGAGCCUCAAUUUUUAUUCAGUGUCAUCGGAUGGCCGAGUUGUGUCAUGGACGCUCAGUAAGAACGAGCUUGUCUUCACCGAUGCUAUCAGACUAGCACUAGAUUACACUGUGUCUGAUGGGCUAGAAGGCAUUCAGGAUCUUACCAACGCUAGUGGCACAUCCUUUGACUUUCACCCACAGAUUGACGAUCUCUUCGUAGUUGGCACUCAGGAAGGAAAAAUACACAAGUGCUCCAAAAAUUACUCAAGCCAGUACCUCAAGACAUACCAGGCUCACAACAUGGCAGUGGAUAGGGUGAAGUGGAAUCCUUACCACCCAAAGGUUUUCAUCUCCUGCAGUUCGGAUUGGACUGUGAAGCUCUGGGACAUGGAUUACAGCGUCCCAAUGUUCGCAUUUGAAUUGAAUACACCAGUUGGGGAUGUGGACUGGGCGCCGUAUUCCUCUACUGUCUUUGCUGGUGUCACCACAGAUGGUUUGGUUCAUGUUUUUGACCUCGCCAUCAACAAGUAUCAGGCUAUCUGCCAGCAGCCGGUGGUCAAUAAAAAGAAGACUAGGCUGACUCACAUUGAGUUUAACCCUGUCAAUCCCGUCAUCAUAGUUGGUGAUGACAGAGGCAUUGUUAUCAGCCUCAAACUGUCUCCGAACCUCCGCAAGAAACCAAAGGGGAAGAAAGGUCGCGAUUUGGUUGAAGGCCCUGAGGCAGAAGUAGCGAAGAUGGAGAAGCUUCUCAGUCUGCUAAGAGAACUUGAGCCUUAACAGCACAAUAAAGUAUUUCACGUGAAAACAAUUUGUAUAUUUUUUUAUUUGAUACUUCUAAUUUCUCCCCAAUGGUAUAACUUCUGACUUAAGUUGCUGGUAUAGUGUAAUGUUAGUAAGGUCUUGUUUUUUCUGGAAAUGAUUUUGGCAGAAGAUGCAAUGCAGUGGCU